AGAACAGGGAGAGGGAGACGGAAGGGGUCGAGAUUCGAGACAUUUGGCUGUGGUGCUCCGUCCCGUCAGGAAGCUCCGUGGAAGUUCCUUCACUCCCCUUCCUUCAUCUGGACGUCUCUCUCCCCUCAGCUCCAGUCCCUCUCUACUACACCGCCCACCGGUGCCACAUCUCCAGGACCUCCGAGAGACACCAGCCCUGGGCCGCACAACCCAACCAUGGAGAUCCGGCUACUGGCGGCACAGUUACUAUUCCUCCUCACUCUUUAUCAAGUCUGGCCCAGCUCCCAGUCAGAGCAGCACACCCUGAACCCAGCUGUCCUGUAUCCCUGGCGGCAGACCAGUGGGGCGCUGGCCAGAGCAGGCCUGUCCAGAGUGAAGAGGGACUGGAUCAUCCCUCCCAUCCGAGUGCUGGAGAACAGCAAAGUUAUCCCAGAGUCCCUGGUUCAGAUCAAGUCGGACAAGAAGCCCGUGGGGGAGGUGAUCUACAAGCUGGAGGGACCAGGGGUCAACCAGGAACCCAAAGACCUUUUCGAGAUAGAUGAGAAUACCGGAUGGAUCAUGAGCAAAAUGCCCCUCGACAGAGAGAAGUACAACAGUUUUACGCUGAAAGCCUUUGCCUUGUCAACAAGUGGGGAGAGACUGGAGAGUCCCACCACCAUAGAAAUCUAUGUGCUGGAUCAGAAUGACAACAGGCCAAACUUCACCAAGCCAUUGUUUGUUGCCAGUGUUCCUGAGUUUGCAGCACCAGGUACCUCUGUGAUGCGUGUGACUGCAGAGGAUAAAGAUGACCCCAUGACGGACAAUGGCAUGCUGUCCUACUCCAUUGUCAACCAGGAAACUGUUCCAGCGAACAAAGCUGAUAAGAAUAUGUUUGGCAUCAGGGAGGCAACAGGAGAGAUUUACACACUUGAGGGGAUCGACAUAGAGGAGAUAAAAGCGAUCAAGCUGACCCUUCAAGUGGCGGACAUGUCAGGCAUGGGUCUGACCAGCACAGGCCAUGCCACCAUCAACAUAACUGACAUCAACAACCAUGGGCCAAAGUUCGCCUCUGACACGUACAAGUUCCAUACCGUGGAGAAUGCAGUGAGUGACGCAAUAGGACGAAUCAAUGUCACUGAUGACGAUGAGCGUGGUGGAAAGAACUGGAGGGUCCAGUACCACAUCACUGAGGGGGACCCCAACUCACACUUCUCCAUCACAGCAGAUCCUGUGACUAACGACGGCAUUCUGGCUGUCAUAAAGCCCUUGGAUUUUGAGUCCAAGCAAGAGCAUGAGCUGGUCCUGACCGUGUCCAAUCUGGUGCCCCUCGAAGGCUCCCUUGACUCUCCCUCCAGCACGGCUACUGUCACCAUUGUGGUUCUGAAUGAGAAUGAAGCUCCACGAUUCUACGUCAACCCAAUUGUUGUUGACGUUCCUGAGUCCAUUGUACCCGGAUCAGUUAUUGUCAAAAAUAUUGCCCACGAUCCAGACAACACCAGACUCAGGUUUGACAUUAGUUAUGACCCUGAAAAGUGGCUGUCCAUUAACCGAGACACUGGAGAAGUCACAGCCAAGCGAGCAUUCAACAUCCGCUCUCCACACGUGCAGAACAAUGUAUACCGCGCCAUGAUUGAAGUGUCUGACGCCGAUACUGAAGGCAUCUCCACUGCUGGUACUCUGGAGAUAUCGCUUAUUGAGACAAAUGACUACCCUCCUGAGCUCUUCCCUCUGAGCGCCAUUGUGUGCAGCAACCGGGUGCCAGUAGGGGUGAUGUUAAGCGCUACGGACGAAGAUAUGCCCCCACAGUCUAUGCCUUUCAUCUUUGAAUUGCCAAUGGUCAUGCCCAACUGGACAAUCACUCGGAUGAAUGGGACCCAUGCGUUUCUGGAGCACCUGGGAGACGUGGAGGUUGAGGACUUCUACUUCCCCAUAAUGGUGUCCGACUCGGGCUCCCCCGUGCUCAGCUCCAUGGCCUUCAUCAACAUCACCGUGUGCCAGUGCGAUGCGGACAGCGAGUGCAAAGCCAUCUCUGCCACCGUCUUCGCCAGCCGCAUGGGCAUCAGCUUCAUCGCCCUCAUUGUCAUCAUGAGCUGCCUUGCCCUCUUCUUUGUGUUGCUGCUGCUGGCGGUUGCUGUGGGAGCAUGCAAGAGGCACCAGAUGAAGAAAGGAGGGGGCCUCCUGGUGGGGGUGUCGGAUGAUGACAUCCGCGACAACGUCCUCAAUUAUGACGAGCAGGGCGGAGGAGAGGAGGAUGAGAACGUGUUCAAUAUUGACCUCCUGAGGAACCCCAGUGAUGUCGUCGUCCCGUCCCCGUCGCCCUACGGUACUCCAGUGCCUGGCAUGCCGAGGGGGAGGCAGCCGCUCCGGAAAGACGCCCCACACAACCUGCCCUCGCCCACGUAUCCUCGGAGGCCGCCAGCCGAUCCCACUGACAUCGAGGACUUCAUCAAUGAUGGUCUGGAGGCUGCGGACCAUGACCCCAAUGUGCCGCCCUAUGACACCGCCCUCAUCUAUGACUACGAGGGGGAUGGAUCCCUGGCAGGCAGCCUGAGCACCCUGGCCUCCACCGGCUCGGACGCAGACCAAGACUACGACUACCUCAACGACUGGGGCCCGCGCUUCAAGAAGCUGGCCAACAUGUACGAUCCCCGGUAAUGAGCUCCAGCCUACAGAGAACAACCAACCCAGCACAGCAAUGCCAGCCAUGCAGAGGGGCGCCACCGUGUCGGUCCAUUAGUAUGCAAACUUCAGAAAAAAACCACAAGACACAAUCACAUAUGCAAACUUCAGAAAAAAACCACAAGACACAAUCACAUGCACGCACACACGGGUGCAAACACACACACAAACACACACAUGACGCAUGUGAGAACGAACACACACACACACCAACUGGCCUUUUCAUUUUCAUUUCUUUUGACUGAAAUCUGCACAGGUGGUGUUUGCAUGGCAGUAGACAGUGCUGUCAGGUCACACAAAAUACACAUGACCUCCUUGUCCACCUUGACCUAUAUUUCAAUGAAUUAAUGAGCUCUUCGCCGCAAUAUUGGGACUUCUGCCCUAGUUGCUACACCACAUCAUGGCCUGGCCAUAUUUGGCCAAAAGGUGAAUGAUAUUAGCCUUUGGUGGACAGAGAGAGAGAGAGAGAGAGAGAGAGAGAGAGAGAGAGAGAGAGAGAGAGAGAGAGAUUCAAAGUGAAAAAAAGAAAACACAAGAGAUUGUCUCAUUGGUUUUCCGUCUGGUAUCUCAGCAUGAAGCAAAAAAAGGUUUUGUCAACUGAACUGAAAAGGACAAAUUGUCAGAGGAGCACCUGUGAAGGCUGAAUCUGGUAAUAGGCAAGUAAUAUCCACAGAUAUGAAUGUAGAGGGAUAUGGGAUUACAUGAGAUGUGGAAUAUAGAUAUCAAAUGCAGAACAUGGCGUCUGACUGACUUUUGGUGAAUGGCAUAUACUGUACGAAUAAUAUGCGCAAUUCCCUGUGUAAGCCAUUGAACAAGUUAUGGCUAAGACACACUUGAGGCACAUCACAUACCUGACACAUUUGUUUUUUUGUGGUACUUGUCUAUCUUAUAUAUAUGUAAAUAAAUGUUAAACGUGGCGAUAUGAAGAUUAUUUUGUAUUUCUCUGUUUAGGCCAAUUCUGUAAGGGUCACAGGUCUUGCAGAGUUUAGCCAAUUGGUCAAAAUAAAAAUAAAUAAAAUAGCGGUCACAUGUAAACAUGUAUGUUUUUAAACCAGUAUUUCGCUUUUGACCUGUCCAGCAUUAUGCAUAAUAACUCAUUGUAUUCUCAGUAAAAUGAUAUUGAUGUAUAACUUUUUUUUCUUUUUUAUACUUUUACUGCCGACUUUUAAAAACAGAGAAAAAAAUUUAUGUUCUGUGUGAGUUUGUUAUUUUUUUGUAAUGUGCUAUUUAUUUCAUUCAUGAGAUUAAAGUUGUUCAAAUAAAAAUGGUA